UAUUGGAGGUGUGAUGCAUACGUGCACUUAUAUACCUGUCCUGCGAGCCGUGCACCUGCACCAGUGCAUCGGUGUUCACCUGUAGACAGAAAUGGCCUCAGCUGAGUGCAGCACUCAGAUGUACAAGAUGACCUCUUUGGACAUCAACCAACACUUCCAGGAUGCGAUUGAUGUGAUUCAACAACAUUCCUGCAAUCCAUAUUACGAUUCAGAGUGCACGUAUUACGAGACGCUGGGUGCGCCGCAGCCGCUGCAUUGUCCGUGCUCCUCGUGCGGCCGCGUCAAGCCCCCGUCUGACGGAGCGGCUCCAGGGUGUGACUACUGGACUGACGUAGCUCAGUCUUGGCCUCAGGUGAUCCCCGAUGUGUCCUUGGGCCACUCGGUGCAAAGUGAAUCACCCCAUUACUACUCCGUCUCACCUUCACUGAGGAGCAGCAAAGGCCGCAAGAAGCUCCGGCUCUACGAGUAUCUGCACGAGGCUCUGAACGACCCCAACAUGGGCGACUCCAUCCAGUGGACGGACGACAGCACGGGCACCUUUCACUUCAUCUCCAAGAACAAGGAGAAGCUGGCCGAGUGCUGGGGCCAGCGCAAGGGCAACCGCAAGACCAUGACCUAUCAGAAGAUGGCGAGGGCCCUGAGGAACUACAGCCGCACGGGGGAGAUCCUCAAAGUGCGCCGCAAGCUCACGUACCAGUUCAACCCGGACAUCCUGCACAGGCUGGGCUCCGCUCGGGUGCCCCCGCAGGCGCUCCGCUGCCCCGAGCCGGCGGAGGGCCACGGCGGCAGGGGCCACGGCGGCGGGGGCCACGGGGGCCCGCAGAGCCCAGCGGAGCAGAGCUACUGCGGCUCGGCGGCGGACUGGCACAGCUGGUACGGACACUACCCGCUGCAGGAAGACUACGACCUGGCCUCCAGCUUCACCUCGCCCUGCUCUGCCAAACUCUGA